UGACUCGUUUUGCGUGUGCGUGUGUCUUAUUUAAGUCUCUUCACGCUUGUUAACCCCAGCAUUCGCACCCGUACAAUACGUUAACCCAAGCAGGCCGUGAAGGUGAUCAUUUUUUCAGACUGUCUGAAUAGUACUUCUGUUGCGCAGGUCGGGCACGAAAUUGUCAGCGCAAUGAACAGGACAGUGGCCGUCGUCAGCUUCCUCGUGGCCGUCUUCGCGUUGGUGAUAACGGCUAACUUCCACUGCACGCUAUGGGAGCGACUGCUAAGCCUAAUAAUUCAGGCGUGCCCACUCAUAUGCGGUGUAUUGGACGCAUGCUUCAGGUUGGCUCUGUUCCUGAGGCCGGUAGGCGAACUCGACCUUAGGAGCACCGGUAGGGCCAACGAACUGCUGCGCAGGGCGGUGCGCUUCGACCUGGACGCGCUCAUGUUUUCUGAAAUGUCCGACCUGCCUGAGUACAUGAUCCCGCACAUUGUCGCCGACAAUAUGAUCAGCAUUCUCGAUGAGUACGACACGGCCGCCUCGGCGCGGGAGGCGGCAACUUUCCGUAGGCGUUUGGCCAUCUCUGGAUUGACGGGCAUCCUGGACCUUUCUGUAGCUGGGGUCAUUGGAUCUGAGCCUCACGCUUGGACUGAUGGCGCGGGGUUCGACGGGGUGCCGCUGAUGCACGGCUUUCUCCGGCGGCCGUACAUCGUGAGCAUCGGCAGGCCGCCGACAGCCGCGGCAGACGUGUACGGCUACACGCUGGACUUGAUUCGGCGCAUUGACGCCGUCGGCUGCUUGCUGAGGCUGCGCUGCGAGAUGGGGGCCCAACCGACGCACCACCGGAAGCACCAAGUCCGCAUGGCGCAGUUCCUCAGGCACGUUGGCAGCAUCGCGGGAGUGGACAGCACCGCGAUGCGUCGGUACGACGCGGCCUUCAAGAUGGGACGGCGCCAGUUCCGAGGGAACAGCUCGAUGUGCGCCACAGCAUUCGAGAAGUGCAGCUGAGGCAAGCAGAAGGCGACCGACCGAGAGGACGCUGACAUCGCGCCAUGGCCAUCGGCGUUGCCUCUGACGCGGUUUCACGGCUUGA